AAUAUAGUAGUGCCGACCAGGCCUAGGGGAAGUGGGAAAUUGAAUAUCGAGCCCAGCCCGUCCAAAUAUAGUGAAGAAUUGAUGAGAAAGAACGCAGACUUUGAAAGGCAACUGCGGGAUGUGCAGAAAUCCAUUGACGAGCUGAAAAGCCCCAGGUCGCACCAACAGACCUUGGAUUUGGAUAGUGCCCCACUGAACCUAUCCAUCACAGCAGAACCAUAUCAAGAGGGAUUCAAAAUUCCCCACCUAGAGACAUAUGAUGGCACGAAAGACCCGGAUGAACAUCUACACACCUAUCAAGCCAUCAUGAGGAUUCAAAACACCAAUGAUGCCAUGAUGUGCAAAGUGUUCCCGGCGACACUGAAAUCAACAGCCAGAAGAUGGUAUCACAAACUCCCCAGACAUUCAAUAGAUUCAUUUUCCCAGCUCGCCAAGCUGUUCUCGAACAAAUUUGCGAGCCAAAGGGAGAUCAAGCGCACAGCGACUGAGCUGAUGCAAGUUAACCAGAAGGAAGGGGAGUCUUUGAGGGAUUACAUGCAGCGGUUCAACAAAGCCACCUUGGACAUUGAUAAUGUCCCAGACACGAUUUGCUUGUCCGCCCUAUUGCAUGGGUUGAAGCGUGGCCGGUUCCUAGACGACCUGCUUGAAAACCCACCGAAGACGUGGAACGAGGUGAAUGACAGGUCGGCCAGCUUUAUACUGUCAGAGGACUUUCAGUCGGCCAAGCGACGAGCUGAUGAUAAGUCGAGCAAAGGCCAGGAACAGCACCCGAGAAGAGAAGAAAAGAAGAAGCAGAAGGUCGGUGAGCAAUGGGGGAAACCAGCUGAGUUCCCGAAGUAUGCCAGUUACAUCCCUUUGACCUUACCCAGGUCUCAAAUCCUGGCACAAAUUCAGCACUGGGUUCGGAGACCUCCACCCCCACUACAUGAUUCCCCGAGGGCAGAUAAGAGCAAGCAUUGUGAGUACCACCGUGUAUAUGGUCACAAUACAGAGGACUGCCAACACUUGAAGGACGAGUUAGAGUUUUUGGCUCGUAACGGGAAGCUAGAAGGGUACGUUCAGAAGCCUCAUACCCAGCAACCCACUCAAACCCAUUUUGUACAGGCGUACGAUCGACCUCAAGGACAGGGGUACCAGCAUAGAGGGACACAAGAUGCAUAUCAGGAUAACCAGUAUCCUUCUGAACAAAGCAGAGCAUACCGAGGACGUCCUUUCAACAUGAGAGGGCAGGUACCGAGAACUACCGUCCCGAAUCAAAAAGACAGGAAAGGGGUAGGUUAUGCUGGGAUACCCCCACCUUCUGGUACAAUAAACAUGAUAUCGGGUGGUGUUCACUCAGGGGGCCAGAGCGCCCGAGCUCACAAGACAUAUGCCCGACAGGUGAUAACCGUCAACAAAAAUAGACCCUUGAAACGGCCGUUUGAGGAAGCAGAAUGGGAAAACACGCCCAUCACAUUCAGCCCGGCAGAUUAUAAGCGAACAGAAGGAGAGCCCGACAUUAUGAUGCCCCAUGCAGAUCCCUUUGUGGCAACAGUUCAUAUAGGCAAUCAUAAUGUUAAUAAGGUGUUUAUUGACACUGGCAGUUCACCAGAUAUCCUAUACUGGGGUUGCUUCCAGAAGAUGCAGCUAAAUCCGAGCUCACUACAGAAGCACGAAGGGCCAAUAUACGGGUUUGAUAACCAGCCCGUCCCGGUUGAGGGAGUUAUUACUCUUCCUAUAUAUGUGGGCUCAGAACCGCGCUUCAGGAUGGCUUCUGUCACCUUCCUGGUCGUUAAGAUGGAAUCAGCUUUCAAUGCUAUAUUAGGAAGAGCCACCCUGUGCGAGCUGAAGGCUGUCAUCUCGCAACCCCAUCUCUGCAUGAAAUUCCCAACUCCUCAGGGGUGGCAAAGGAUCAAAACAAAGGUUAUAAGGUUGCAAGUUCAAGCCUCGUUGAGCGGUUUCAAAUGGUUUAUCGAUUUGAGCGGUUUCAAAUGGUUUAUCGAUUUGAGCGGUUUCAAAUGGUUUAUCGAUUUGAGCGGUUUCAAAUGAAGAGUGGAAUACUCUGAAUGGGUCUCCAACCCUGUGCUCGUCAAGAAGCCAAACGGCAAAUGGAGAAUGUGCAUUGAUUUCACCAAUCUCAAUGACGCAUGUCCAAAAGACCCUCACCCGUUGCCAAACGUAGAGAAGUUAGUAGAACGGGCAGCAGGACAUGAAAGGAUGAGUUUUCUUGAUGCAAGCUCGGGUUACCACCAGGUCCAGUUGUUACUAGACGACCAGGAAAAAAUAGCUUUUUACGCUGGUGAUGCAAUAUACUGCUAUGUCAUGAUGCCUUUCGGCCUCAAAAAUGCCGGAGCAACAUACCAGAAGUUGGUGCAAAUCAUCUUUAAGCUCCAGAUCGGCAGGAACAUAGAAGUGUAUGUAGACGACAUGAUAGUCACCAGCGUGCGAGUUGAGGAUCACAUUGGCGACCUGGAUGAAACUUUUCGAAAUUUGCGCCGAGCACAAAUGAAGCUAAAUCCUUUGAAAUGCACAUUUGCUGUAGAGUCGGGAAAAUUCCUAGGAUAUAUGGUAUCCAAGAAAGGAAUUGAGGUAAAUCCAGAAAAGGUUGAGGCCGUUCAGCAGAUGGAGCCACCAAGGACUGUCAAAGACGUGCAGCAUUUGACAGGCCGUGUUGCUGCGUUGCAUAGGUUUAUAGCCAGAUCGGCGGAAAGGUGCCUUCCGUUUUUCAAAGCUCUGCGGGAGCCUAAGAACUUCCAGUGGACUGAUGAAUGUCAACAGGCAUUUGACGAGCUCAAACGAUAUUUGGCAUCCGUACCCCUGCUGUCCAAGCCCGUCGAUGGAGAAAGUUUGUACCUUUAUCUGGGGGUCACAGAAGAAGCAGUGAGUUCAGUACUACUGAGGGAAGAAAAUAAACAUCAAAAGCCUAUCUGCUACGUGAGCAAGGUGUUACAAGGUGCCGAGCAGAACUACCCGCUAGCAGAAAAGGCUGCUUUUGCUUUAGUUUGUACGGCUCGUAAGCUGAGAGCUUAUUUUCAGUCACAUCAGAUUGUUGUUUAUACUGAUUUCCCGCUAAGGAAAAUAUUGCAGAAGCCAGAGCUCUCUGGUCGGCUCAUCGAAUGGAGUGUCGAACUAAGUGAGUAUGACCUUAAAUUUCAGCCGCGCACGACUAUAAAAGGCCAAGCUGUGGCAGACUUCCUAGUUGAAUGCGCCCCGGCGGCUGUCAAAGAAAAGGUACCUAAAUACCCAGUUUGGGUUUUGUAUGUAGAUGGAGCUGCUAAUGUCGAAGGAUCAGGUGCUGGGGCUGUGUUACUGGGCCCUGAUGGCUCCAAGUCUGAGCACGCGCUAAGGUUUAAGUUUCAGACAACCAAUAAUGCUGCAGAAUAUGAAGCCCUAAUAUAUGGACUGAAGCUGGCGGCCGAGUUGAAGGUACAAAGCAUUCAGGUCUUCAGUGACUCUCAGCUUGUUGUUCGCCAGGUGAAUGGCAGUUGCGACAUCAAGGAUCCUCCGCUCAGUCGUUAUGCCCUUGUGGACAUUAACCCUCAAAGAUCAACAAUCGUCGAGGUGCUCGACGCACCAAGCUACACUGAUUCCACAGUCGACUGUCAACUACUCAGUACAUAUCCCUCUACACCGAGCUGGACUACCCCACUCAUAAAUUAUUUACAAAGUGGCAAGCUGCCUGAAGAUCUGUCCGCUGCGAAAUUGAUUAAACGAAGGGCAGCACAUUUCACUUUAUUAGAUAACCAGCUCUACAAACGAGCAACCUCAAUGCCCCUAUUACGUUGCCUUACUCCUUACGAAGCUGAAUACGCUGUGAGAGAAGUUCACAAAGGAGUAUGUGGCACGCACAUCGGUGGCAAAACUUUAGCUCGAAAACUCCUGAGGCAUGGGGAAAUGCUAUCAUCUCUCGCGUCUCCCUGGCCCUUCGCUCAAUGGGGUGUUGACCUGCUCGGCCCUUUUAUCAAAGGCAAAGGAGGCUGUACUUUCCUGGUCGUUACAGUGGAUUACUUCACUAAGUGGAUAGAAGCUAAACCACUGUCCACGACAACAGAAAGAAAAAUAGAAGAAUUCUUGUUCAAUUCAGUGUUGUGCAGGUUCGGCAUACCUAAGCGAAUUAUCGCCGACAAUGGGCCACAGUUCCGAGCAGCAGCGCUAAGAUCGUUUUGUGACGACUAUGGCAUCAAGCUCGCUCUGAUGUCCGUGUAUACUCCACAGUCCAACGGGCAAGCCGAGUCCGCCAAUAAAAUCGUCUUGCGAGGCCUCAAGACACGCGUUUUGGCUGCGCAUUCUAAUUGGGUUGACGAGCUCAAUAAAGUACUUUGGUCUUGUCGCACCACACCCAGCUCGGCUACGGGCGAAACCCCUUUCAGCCUGGCCUAUGGAGCUGAGGCCGUCAUUCCAGUAGAGGUUGGAUUGCCAUCCGAUCGAGCAGGCCGGCAUGACGACCUCAACAAUGAGCAACUUUUGAGAGAAAACCUAGACUUCGUAGAAGAGGUCAAGGAGACGUCUAGAAUAAGAACUGCGGCACAUCAAAACCGUGUUGCAAAAUUUUACAAUAAAAGAGUCCGAGCUCGCCAGUUUCAAGUUGGCGACCUGGUCCUACGUAAAGCUGGAUUAACUAACACUCAUUCGCACAUGGGCAAGCUCGCUCCUAAUUGGGAAGGCCCCUAUAUGGUUGUUUAAGUUAAACGACCUGGUUCUUACGUGUUAGCAGAUAUACAAGGGCGUCAGUUACCUUACAUUUGGAACAUACAGAAUCUUAGAAAAUUUUACAGUUAGCCUGUAUACUAUUCUUUUAUUCAAGUCGUUAUUCGACAGUUGUAAAUAAGGGCAUACCAGAAAU